AUGGCGCCUUCACAACAAGAGCCGGCCUAUACGGUCUUCGUCCGACUUCCAUUUCCAAGAGGUGAUUUCAUUGAUCCGCCGCCUGCGAAUUGGGACUCGACUAAAGAUGAAGAGCUUUGGAACAUCAUUUCUCGUCCCUCUAAGACAGAAAUAGAUUGGAAUGGAAUCGCAAUCGAUUUCGGGGUCACCGCAGACUUCCUAUUUCAACAAAUUGCAUGGCUUACUGAGCGCCAUACGUCCCAAAUCCGAGCGCAGAUGCGCAAGGCUGCCGCUCUCGCGAAGGGUUCGUCGGCACCGUCGCCCCAGCCAGGCCCCGAGGGUCUCUUCGUAGCAGAGCCCAUGCGACGGACUGGAUCUAGUGAAAGGGCAGGACGAGCACCAUCACAACUAUCGAUUAGAAAAGACUCCCCGCUACCUAGGAACGAUGGAAGCAUACCCGGCACGCCGGUCAGGGGCACACCGCGGCCCACCGCAACACGAACGUCCUCAGCGAAUACAGCCGUAUAUACGACUCGUAAUCUAGGAGGCAGCGCCAAACCUCAGCUAACAUCUCGAGGCAACGAUACACAGCGACAGCGUCUAUCGUCUCUUCCUAUCCCCGCACCCGCCGACAACAACGAACAGGAACCCGAGCUGCCGUCCCCCGAACCGACCGAGUCAAGCGACUCGGAAUCGUCGUCUUCUAGUCCAGCGCAAUCUAGGAUCAUCCGACGGCCCCCACGUUUCCAGGACAAUGACGCCGCAUCCGACGCUGACGAAGACACCGAGCCCGCCUUCCUACCCUACAACCCACCGUCGUCGGCCGAGGGAUCGAGUGGACAUGACCUUAGCGCGACGCUUCGCGGUAACCUCCCGAGAGACUACGCCAAGCGCCAUCCGAAAGGACCUUCCGGCCGACCGGGGCGUAUGCAUCAGUCCCAAACCUCCGAUUCGUCAACAGGCUCAGGCGCACGCCCCACGGACCAAGGCCGGGCGAGCGGUGGCCCACUCUCGCCUAGGAGGACGAUGGAGCUUUCCGGACAGAGCCCCGGCGGCAAGGGCAAGGUUCAAUCGCGCGAUAGUGACGGGACGCCGAGUAUGAGCAGCAGUUACAGCGACCUGGAUGAUACCUCUGUGACGCGAUCCGCCAUGGAAGAGGAACUGGCCAGCAUGCCAGACGGUACGAUGGCCAGCCUCAGAGGGACGAUCGGUGGAACCAUUGGUGGAACUAUUAACCUCUGGCGGAAUAGCAGAUACCUUCCCGGCAAGCCGAAUCACUGA